AUUCAUAAAUAAUUUUAGCAUUUAUUGGUGAAUUUGCAUUAUAAAAUAGUACAAAAGCAUGUGUAUGUACAAUGUAUACAUAUAUAUUUUCGAUAUGGAUAGAAAGUGGAAAGUUUUUAAAAGGAUGUUUUGAAAUUGAAUAGUUUCAAAUUGACAUAAAGUGUGAAGAAAUGCAGUUUUAGUAGAAUGAAUGAGAAGAUAACGAACAGUGAUCAAUCUCACAACUCCUAUAAGCAAUACGAAAUAGAUCGUUGGACAAACACGGAUCCAUGGACACUCUGGUGGGAUCAGGUGCCUAGGAGGAGUAAGCAUCCCCUGUUGACCGGUCACACCCACCAUGAGAAUGUGAUCCGGGGGAAAAUUAAGCCCUGCUAGACUCGAAUUCACUAACUACAGAUCGACUGUCGACUCAUUAACCUAAUGAGCUAGCCAGCCAGGAAAUUUGAUUUAAAAAGAAUAUAUAUGUUUGCCAAUACAACCUGUCAUUGGAUCAAAUGCUGUCUGACGUGUUUCAGACCUAUUAUUAAGUCGUCCUUUAUGCACUGAUUUUGACUACAGAUUAAUUCUUUUACCUGAUCAAGAUUUAGAGAUCACGGCGGAUGUUUACUCCUCCUAGGCACCUGAUCCCUCCUCUGAUUAUUCAGUGGUUCGUGUUUGCCCAAUUCACCUUUUCGUGUUUUGCUGCUAUGUAUAUUUUUCAAUAGAAAGUAAAACGCGCGAUUUGAUUGGUUGAUUAAAUAUCAGGAAAGAUAUGGUUGGUCAAGAGAAAAAUUCCAAAUUAAUCUCAUAAAGUGAACAUUGAGAUGAACUCACUAUGGGGUUCACACGGGAAAAUAUCAUCUGCAUGAACUAAACAUAACGCACCAAAAUCAUUGACCAUUUGAUAAUAAUACUUAUCAAUAUUGUAUAAGAAAUACCUAUAAGAUUUCCAAAUUCAAAUUUUAUCAUUUUCGUAACACCCGCAUACAUGCCAUUAUUUAAAGUAUUAGUUUUUCUCUUUCAGAUUAUAUUUACUUGAUCUUUCUUUUAUUAGCACAAUUAGAUAAAGGUAUGAUACUUCUGUGUUUACCCUACAAUAGUAAAUUUCAAUUAAACAUAAUUUGAAAUUUCCAUUAAAUUCACAGAAAAAUAAGAUGGUAAUUGUUAAGCUAUUGAAUUAGCGGUGUAUUUUAGGAUUUUCUCUGAUGUGUCUCCAAUGCAACAACGCUGCACAGCCCCGCCAUUGUCACGCUAUCACAUACUGCGCCGAGGAUGAGAUUGGAAGGGAAAUCGCACCACGAAUGUGCAGAGAAGUGGACUUCAUAUUACCUCGAAUGUUUAUAUGAUUGACUGAUUGAAUAUUGUUUAACGUCCCUCUCGAGAAUCAUUUACUCAUAUGGAGACGUCACCAUUGCUGGUGAAAGGCUGCAAAAUUUAGGUCUAUGCUCGACUCUUACGGCCUUUGAGCAGGGAGGGAUCUUUAUCGUGCCACACCUGCUGUGACGCGGGGCCUCAGGACCACCCCAUUUGGUUGCCUCUUGCGACAAGCAAUGGGUACUGAGGACCUAUUCUAACCUCGAUCCCCAUGGGAUAGAAUGAUUAUUUGAGGAAGAUUUACAUUAAACAGAUAUACUUUGUCGAUUCUGGUUUUUUUUUUAAUUCUUGAUUAUGUAUUCAAUGUCAGUGAAAGAAGCAAAACAUUAGUAAUAGUUCAUUAUCAAAAAUAAUUCUAAAAGUGUUAAUGAAAGGCGAAGAUAACGAACAGUGAUCAAUCUCGUAACUCCUAUACGUCAUACAAAAUAGAGAGUUGGGCUAACACGUACCCUAGGUAUAGCAGAAAUGGGAUCAGGUGCAUAGGAGCAAACAUUCCCUUUCGACCGAUCAUACCCGCCGUGAGCCCUUAAUCUUGAUCAGGUAAACGGAGUUAUACGUAGUGAAAAUCAGUGUGCCACGAACGGUCUAACAAUCGGUAUAAAACAUGUCAGAUAGCAAUGAUAGGUUGUAUUGGCAAACUAGAUCGUUAUAACGACGAUAGAAUUUGCGAUAUGCUGAUUUUAAACGAGAAUAUUUGAUUUCCAUAUUAUCUUAAAGUGACCAGGUUUAUUUAACUCGAUUAUCCUAAUGAAUAAUUUACUCCCAUUACUGAAUUUAUAACAGGUGUGUUUUGUGGAAAAAGUUGAGUCCAUGUAUGGUGUCCGAUUCAACAUGGGCUGCAUGAAAGACAAUGAUUGCAGGGAGCAAAAUGAAACAAAUCGCAUAGAAACCCACGGGGAGGGAAACAAGCAUCCGUACACGUGCACUGGAUGUUGCCGCUCUGAUCUGUGUAACGCUGAAGGGUGUGGAGAACCAGGCUACCCUACGGCAAGAGGGCCCAUAUGUUUUGCAUGUUACCAACACGCAAACGCACGGGAAUGCCGGAAAAUCGCACACUGCAGAGAAUCUGAGCUGUGCUAUAUAAAGGAGGAAGAAGAAUUUGGUGAUCGAAUUUUCUCCACGGGAUGCAUGCCCUUUCAGCAAUGUUUGAGUGUUGUGUCGAAUUUGCACGCAGUUGGAGAUUUGUCGAACUCUCAUCACUUCUCAAGGUCAUCGACAACUGUUCCCACUUCAGUAACGCCACGUCCUGUAGUGAGGGACACUGCAUCCCCUACUGUUUACACCAGUUCAAUAACCACAGUAAACAGGAAUACUUUUCAUGCAAACACUACAAAACCCCAGUACACGUCUCGAACAAACUUCACCCUUUUUCCUCCGAAUACUACAACUCUCGUUGGCAUGCAGAGCAGAGCAUCGACUUCAUCUCCAAUUAGGAAACCUACCGGAAUCACGAAUCAUUUAGCAAUGGUUAACAAAUCAACAACGUCUUUGCCAAACUCAACCGAUGUCCCAACAGGAAUGCCGGGGAGAAGCACACACUCUUCCUCUCGUCAGCCAACAUCUUGGAUGCACACUACAUCUUUCCCAUCAAGCAGUACAAGGGUAAUCUCCCCUGUACAAUCCACUGGUAAUACGACUGCAACGGCAAAUCUGACUCACAAAUCAACGACAUCCUCAUCUACUGUGAAUUCAAAGGUUACAGAACCUCAGUCGCCACCUUCAUCACCUGCCUCACUUUUCCCACCCGACUCUAAAGUCAUCAUCGGCAGAAAGAAGCGGUUCAUAGCAUGUCACCAGUGUUGUAUUGGAGAUUUCUGCAAUGAUAUUUGUAAACAUGAUGGUUCUUUGACACCGACUCCGGACUAUUUCACUGUCUCCCCACCUUCAACAACAACUGGAAGUACAACACCUGCUGCAACAGGAACACCUUCAACAACUCCAACAAUUACCACAGCACCAACCACAACAACUCCAACAAUUACCCCAGCACCAACCACAACAACUCCAACAAUUACCCCAGCACCAACCACAACAACUCCAACAAUUACCCCAGCACCAACCACAAUAACUCCAACAAUUACCACAACACCAACCACAAUAACUCCAACAAUUACCCCAGCACCAACCACAAUAACUCCAACAAUUACCACAACACCAACCACAACAACAGCAAAAACUAACACUACAACAACUACAACAACAACAACAACAACAAAAACUACAACACCAACCACCACAACAACAAAUACUACAACAACAGCUACGACAAUGACAACUACAACAUUCCCUAUUGCAUACAAAGGUUUAUCUGGAAAGGAGUUUUUACUAGCUUUCUCUAAACACCAAAAUCAUGAAAAUGCAGACAACAUAUCCUUAGUGGUAACCUCCCCUGAUAACGGAAAAAUCAGUAUUUACUCAUCAUACACCAAAUCGUUCAUCAAUAUGACCUUGACAAAGGGAAGAAACACCAUAUUUUUAGAUCCAUCUGUUGCUACCUCUAUACCCUGGAAUGAACAUAAAGGCCUUCACAUCUCCUCUGAUGUUAACAUAUCCGUUACUGUUAUGGAGUAUAAAAAUGACAGUGAUACUGCUUUUUCGCUGAUACCUAUUUCUGAUCUAUCAAACCGUUAUGUGGCGGUAACAGCCAAAGGAACAAAGGAAACCCCGUCUUUUAUUACCGUUGUAGGACUGCACAAUGGUACAGACGUCAGAUUUAACCUCCGUAUAAAAGGUCAGAAUAAGUAUGUCUAUAUAAGUCCAUGGAGAAACUACCGAUAUGAAAAUGGUGAAAGCUUCAAUGUUACUCUUAACCAAUAUGAAACAUUUCAACUGGAGGUAAAUGGUUCUGAUUUGACGGGAACAAUCAUAGACAGUACUGGAGCGGUUGCUGUUUUUUCGGGAGCAGAGGCGGCAGUAAUUCCAUCAACAAUAUGUAACUUACACUGCGAAUCCCAAACAGUUACACAAAUGAUACCACCUACAAAUGCCUUAGGUACCGACUUUAUAAUUCCAAAGCUGGAAGAAAGAAAUAAGUUUGUUUACAAAAUCAUUUCUUCUGAGGAUGCAACACAGGUAAUUGUUGAUGAACAAACGGUUACACUUCCCACAGCAGGAUCUUUCAGUGAGUUUGAAACCGAAAACAAGCCAGUUAAUAUUUCAAGCAAUAAGCCCAUUCUUGUGGUCCAGAUGGCGGAAACAAUGAGGUCUGAAAAGGGGAACGCCAGUGGAGCAAUGAUAGUUAUUCCUGCCAUUCAACAAUACCAAAGUGAUUAUCACUUUAGCACUCCCGAAGACUAUAGAAAUUAUAUAUCCAUCAUUACCAAGGCAGGCGAAGAAAUGGCGAUUUUGAUUGAUGGAAUGCAAUAUAGUCAAUAUAAUGCAACCAAAGAAAAAAUUAGCUUACAUGGACAGCCAUUCACCGUCAUAAACAUUCCUCUCCAUCAACCUGGAUCGCAUGAUAUACAAAACAUUCAAGGAGAUCCAUUUGGAUUAAUAACGUAUGGAUUUAAUAUUUCUCAAGGAUACGGAUAUCCAGUUGGUCUAAAACUGACCCAUCAAUGACCGUACUGCAUUCUAAAAUAUCUAUAUUACCAGUGUUUUUAUCUUUAAUAAUUGUAAUGAUACUGUUGUGCACAAUACGCGUAUGGACGCAGAUAAAUAUAGCAUGGCUAUUUCAGCGAUUGGGAAUUCCCACAGAAAUGAAAGCAGAAUGUAAAUAUAAGAAAUAAACUUUAUUUUUCAAAAUACAUAAGGGUAUGAACUGCUAAGCGUCACGCCAGCAUACUUAAUUCCUUUUCAACUAAACUUGGCACGACACAUUCUUGAAUAAAAGGGAUCCGUUUA